GAAAAAUGGGGAAUUCAGUUGGGCUCAUCUUCCUAGGUCUGCCGGGCACCGCGCUCCCGCAGCCCCCGGUUUUCUGCCCCGGACAAUGUUGGUGGUUCUUGCUCGCUUUGCAGACCCUAGGGGUUCCAGGGUGAGAGCUGCGGGGGCGCGGUGGGGGGUCAGAAAGGGGACCUUCUCCAGGCCACACCCACAAAGCUCACACAUGCAAGUGCGGACCCAGGCCCCGGCAGUGGAGCAGGUACAGCCCGAGGCACACACAGUGAGCCCCACCGUUGACUCACCGAGGUAGGUGGGUGCUCUCAGCCCCGUGUUACACCUGGACAAACAGCUUCACAGAGGUUAGUGGCUUCCUCAAGGUCACAGAGCUGCUAAGAGGCAGAGCAGGCUGACUUUGGAGGCUCUGUAUUUAACCAUCAGUGUAGUCCUGUCCCCUCAGUAGCCUAUAGGAGAUGCACAGCGGUGCUGGGCACGUACUAAGAGCUCAGUAAAUGUCAUUCGUCACUAGUUAUUGUCGUUGGCCUAAUUUUACAGAGGCGAGACUGAGGAGAAGAGAAGCCGAAUAACUUACCCACGCCCUCAAAGCUGGAGGCGGAGUGCUGUAGACACGGGCCCCAGACCAGGACACCUCUACAGACAGCCUGCCUUCGUGCUCAUCUGCACAAACACAGCCACUUCUUUGUAGGGGAGUCAAAGCUGGGGGUUGGGGGCUCAGGUGUGUUUAGGCCUGCCUUGAGUGGACAGGACUUGGCAGGGGACCGUCUCCACCCUGGUGUGUGAGGCUCUGGGCUGAGGUCUGAUGCUCUGUCGAAUCUGGGAGGUUUGAGUCCCAAGCUGGGUCUACCAGGCUGGGCUGGGUGUCCCUGGGUGGUACCUCCAUCUCUAUGUUCCCACAGCUCCAUCCUGGGAAGGUUACAGGACCCUGCCUCUUUGGAGGAGGGCUUGAGGGGCUUUGGAAGAAAGGAGUGGGGUACUUUCUGACCCUGAGAGAGGGAGCAGCAAGUUGUCCAGGCUGUUGGGUAGCAGGGAACCCUGGCUGGGCAAGGCCGCAGCAGGAAACGAUGACCACAACCUCCUCUUCCCCCUCCGCUGCCCAAGUCCCUCCCAUCUGCAGAGGAGGCCUGGGGGAGGAAGCUGGAAUGUAGCAUCAGGUGCUUAGAACCCUCUCUGGCUGUCACCCACUCUGUGUGAUAUGGAGCCACCUACUAGUGCCUGAGCCUCUGUGGUGUCCUUUUGCCCUGGGGACUUCUGUGCUUCUGAUUAUUGAUUUGAUUAUCGGGGCUCCUGUGUUGGCAUUUGCAUUGCACACACCAAGCAAUGUGAGAUUAGAAUGUGACCCCAGGUUUGCCCCUCGAUGGCUGUGUGACACUGGGGGAGUUUAUCACCUCUCACCUCAUCUGUAAAAUGGGGCAACACUGGGAUCUAGCUCUUAGGUCAUUGUGAGAGGAUGAUCAGGGUAGGACUUGCCCAGACUUGCAGGAGACCCUAGGACCCCCAUUUCUGCACAGAACGUCACAACAGAUGACAGAGCAGAGGUGGGCCACCCCACUUGUGGUUUCUGGAGCCCGCAGGGCCACACUUCCAGGUUCUGUGGUGACGGGAGCCACUUCCUGACUCUGGACAACUUUCUUCUCUGUAAGAUGAAAGUCAACAGUAUGUGCCUUUGGGGGGGACGGGAAUGAGACACACAGUAGGUAUGCAGGCCAUAUCCCUACAUGGGGGUUCCAAAGCGUAAGACUUACUGUGAACCUGAAGAGAGAUUCAAAGAAACAUUCAGAUUUCUGGCUUCUCUUGCAAAAUUGUAAAAUCUGGGAAAAUUGUGUCCCCCUUCCCACUUGCUCCAGAGUGUUUUCACAUGUGCCCACAAAGGCCUUUCAGGUGAGGGGGAGAGGUUAUUAUUGGCCUCUGGCCUGGGGGAAACCCUAGGGGACUGUGGGGAUUUACUGAGGGCUUCCUGGGGCCAGGCCCAGGCCCGAGGAAAUGAAUAAGAGGGUCAUGCCUGAGACAAGACAGGGCAGGGAUUCCCUGGCCCUGUAGGAUCGGGGGCAAACCCAGAGGCCCUUCCCUGGGUAUCUACCAUCCAGCGUAUGCCAGGCCCUGAAGCUGGGAGCAGGGGUAACAGUGCCAUGGAGAUAGCCUCCUGCUAUCAUGAUGCAGUGUGACAAUAAUCCUACCGCCCUGAGGAAGCCAGAGCCAGCUGACAGGUCAGGGAAGGGGGAAGUCUCAAAGUGGGCAGUUUUGAGUUAGCCCCAAAAUUUGAGCAGGAUUUUUGCCAGAGGUGAGUCGGGGAUGUUGAGGACAUAUUAGGCAGAGAGAAUGACACAGUCAGAGGCUUGGUGGCUUAAAAGCACAUAACUAGAUUGUGACUAGCGGGUUGCUUUCUGAGGAUGGGAGUGAUAAAGGUAUUCUCACUAUGUGGCCUUGGACAAGUCACUUUACCUCUUUGCCCCUCAGAUACUCAUCCAUAAAGUGAGGCCGGAUUACCCUAACUUCCAGUGAAGCCUGGUCGUCAGUGCACUUAAAAAUGUUGAAUCCCCUCAGCAAGGAGGGGUUUAUUGAGUGAGACAUGCAGUGAUCGUGACAGCUAUGUGCACAUUAAAUGGCAUGAGGUGAAGGGCAGGGUGCAUAUAGCCCUGUAUUCAGAGAUGGAGAAAUUCAGUACAAGCUGGAGACAUCACAAACAGCUUCCUGUAAGCGGUGAGAUGGGAGGAGAGCCUCAAACAGCAGAAAACAGGAAUGGGUUGGUAGAAAGGAAGACACAGGGCAUCCCAGGCAGACAGUCCGACCUGAGCAAAGGCAGGAAGGUGGCAGGUGGGGAACACGAGAGGGAGCACCACCAUGAUUGUGGGAGAGGGGAUAGGGAGAGGUGACCCCUAAAGAUCUGGGCAGGGAGAGCUUGUUAAGUGCAGUCCCCAAGGCCAGACAUACAUGCAUUUGGCAGGGAGCCACUGUAGGCUCUAUCCCCAUAAAGGAGGCAAAGAUGAUUUGGCAAAUGUAGGUACCUUCGAAUGUGGGAUUUUCUAAUUGUUUUUACGUGGCAGGGAAAAUAAAAUGUUGAAAGCCAUAGGAGGUGAAGGAAGACUUGAUGAUGAACCGAUUGAAGAAGAAGACAUCACCUUGUAUAUUCACAAUUAUUCUCAUGCACAUAUAGUUUUAACUGUGAUGGACAGAGUUUGGCAUUCCAGGUAACAUCUGUAGCACUGCAUCAUGAACCUGAUCUUGUGUUGCUUGGAGAUCUGCAGACAGCCCACUAGGAAGGCACCGAGGCACAGGAGAACAAGGCUUUGGCUUGGGUUCAAAUUCGUGCUCCACCACACUUCCUAGCUGUGUGAUCUGUGCAGGCCUGGCCUCCCGCUUUGUAGGUUGGGUGGGGCCCUCAGAGCAAGGCCUGGCUGUGUGCCAGACUGCAGUCUACCCACCGCUGCCUUCAUCACCUCCUGUGAAGGCUUGGGCUGGUCCUCCCUGUUGGCAGCAGGGGUUGUGAGCCCCGGCCCAGCCCCUCUACCGCUCGACCCACCUGAUGCAACCAUGGGCUCUGGCAGUGACUAGGUGGCCACCCUGCGCCCCCGUGGGUCAUCGGCGAUUUUCUGCAGCACCUGGCAGCACUCCUGGCCAGCUGUGGGGAAGGCCUAUCGGGGCCUCCUCUCUGUGGUGCAGCCCCGGCCGUGAGGGCCCCCUGGCCAGCCUGCCUGCCCAGCAUGAGCGCUUACCCUCCCAGCAGCCGCUGCCCCGACCACCACACCUCCCUGUAGAGGAGCACCGAGCCUCGGCUCCUGCCGGCGGGAGCCCCCGAAUGCUGCACCCAGCCACCCAGCAGAGCCCGUUCAUGGUUGAUCUUCACGAGCAGGUGCACCAGGGACCUGUCCCUCUGUCCUACACAGUCACCACAGUGACGACCCAAGGCUUCCCCUUGCCUACAGGCCAACACAUCCCUGGCUGCAGUGCCCAGCAGCUCCCAGCAUGCUCCGUGAUGUUCAGUGGACAGCACUACCCCCUCUGCUGCCUCCCGCCCCCGCUGAUCCAGGCGUGCACCAUGCAGCAGCUCCCUGUGCCCUACCAGGCCUACCCCCACCUCAUCUCCAGUGACCACUACAUCCUGCACCCCCCACCGCCAGCCCCACCCCCACAGCCCACCCACAUGGCACCUCUUGGGCAGUUUGUAUCGCUGCAGACCCAGCACCCACGAAUGCCCCUACAGCGGCUCGACAAUGACGUGGACCUGCGGCCGGACCAGCACCCCCUGGGUGGCUUUACCUACUCCACCUCUGCCCCUGGCCCCACCCUGUCCCCGUCGGUGCCCCUGCACUACCUGCCCCACGAUCCACUGCAUCAGGAGCUGUCCUUUGGUGUGCCGUAUUCUCACAUGAUGCCGCGGAGACUGAGCACCCAGAGAUACCGCCUGCAACAGCCGCUGCCCCCACCGCCCCCACCGCCACCACCACCACCUUAUUACCCCAGCUUCCUGCCCUACUUCCUCUCGAUGCUGCCAAUGUCACCAACAGCAAUGGGGCCCACCAUCAGCCUGGAUCUGGAUGUGGAUGACGUGGAGAUGGAGAACUAUGAGGCCCUCCUGAACCUGGCCGAGCGGCUGGGCGACGCCAAGCCCCGCGGCCUCACCAAAGCAGACAUAGAGCAGCUCCCGUCGUACCGCUUCAACCCAGACAGCCAUCAGUCAGAGCAGACACUGUGUGUGGUCUGCUUCAGUGACUUUGAGGCGCGGCAGCUGCUCCGAGUCCUCCCCUGCAGCCAUGAGUUCCACACCAAGUGUGUCGACAAGUGGUUGAAGGCUAACCGGACCUGUCCCAUUUGCCGGGCCGACGCCUCCGAGGUGCCCAGAGAGGCAGAGUGAGGUCCCAUAGCUGCCCAGGAGAACCCUGCCCAAAGCUCUGGAAACUCGGGGGGUCCCUCGCCUUUUUUCUCCUGGCACUGCGAGCCAGGGCUCCAUUGCCCCUGUGUGGCUGGUGGAGAUCCCUGGCCCUAGGACGGGCAGAGGAGUCGCCAUCCUGGGUCAUCUGGUCUCUUGCACUGACAUGGCAUGCCCUCUGCUCAAGUGGCACUGCCAGGUGCGUGGACAGUGUCAUGAGGCCAUUCCCUGAGCCCCAGGGCUGAGUCCUCCGGCCUUGACCAGGCAGACUCAGGCAGCCAUCUCUGCCUAGGCUGCUGUGAGGGGUGGGUCUGGCUUCCUGGAGGACCCUCACCCCAGGCACAACAUUCCAGCCCCACCCCCAGGCUGGAUGGCGCCCCCACCGGGCCUUUUGAGCAUGUGGGAGACCAGCCCCGAGCUGAGGCACAUGUAUCCUUAGGGAGCCUGGGGAAAGUUGAGCCUCUUGUGUUCCUGGUGGCUGCCCCACCACCAGUGAGGGGACAGACCCAUGCUUGAUUUUCUCCCCUCUCUGUCGUUUUGCAUGAAUGUGAGGAGCAGCAGUUUUUGUUUAUUCAUUUGGCCUAAAAUCGUGUGUAGGAUUUGGGGAUGUGGAUACUUAAGACAAUUUUUUUUUCUUUUGGUUUAAUGGGGUUAGGGUUAGGGACCAACCAGGACUGAGUGCCCAGGGGGCAGAGAGUCCAGUCCAGCCGCCUGGUCUGCAUGCACGUGUGUGGCUGGGGCUGGGCCGGGCCAGCGGCUGGCGGUUGUGGGCAGGGUUGAGGGGUCUGUACUCAGCUGAUAACUGCCAUGCACUGUACUGCACACCUCCCUAGAGCCUACCGGGACCGUACGUUUUCAGGGCAUUUCUCCCUCUCCAGCCAGGGCCUGUCUCCCACCUGCCUGGGUGAGUCUCCUCCAAGGAAGUCCCAGGAGUAUGAGGACCAGGGAGGGUGUGGACUCCCAUCUCCAGGGGUCCCUCCCAGCCUGAUCCCUGCCCUCUGAGGUCUGGACGAGGCCCCUGUACGGUCUGGCUGAGCUCCCCACCCUCCUUCCCUGGUCCCAUUCUUUUCCUUUCCUACCCCUAGCUGGGGUUGCUGCCGUGAACGAACCGCGUGUGGGGCGGCACAUCCUAGCAGGCAGCCCCUGGCGCCUGCUGCCUCAGGGAUGCUCCAACCACCCUCGUUCUCCCCGCAGCAGCCCUGGCUCCCGCCUCCCGCUCCCGCCUCCCACCCUCGCCUCCCGUGGGGCCCAUCAGCCUGGUCCCACCCCCACGGAGAACCCAAAGUCUUACUGUAUAUAACUCCAGGUGACGUUUCUAUAUUUAUAGCAGUGUUGAAAACCCAUGUGUUUUACACAGAGAACCACUCUCUCUAACCCCCCUCCCUUCCCAACCCCAACAAAAGGUUUUCAAAACCCUUACGGUUCCUUGGGCAGGCAGAAACGGGCUCACAGGCUGUGUGUUGGCUGCAGCAGGGAUUCCAACAUGCAGCUAUUGGGGGGAAAACACAACAUUAAAAGAAAAAAACAUCAUCAUUAAAAAAAGGUUUAUAAAACAAUUACUUAGGAUGUUUGUGAUUUGCCGACCUUGCUAUAGAUGCCAUGUUACCAAUGAUUUACUGUGGUGGGGGCUUGUCAUUGUUUACUCUUUUAUUUACCAACUUCUGGCCUAGGCAUGACAGUGGGCACCUUCCCCCAGCCCUGGCUGGGCCCAGCGCCUGUAUUCUGUGUUAGAAAGGUUUUAUAUAUAUAUAUAUAUAUAUAAUUACAUAUAUAUAUAUAAAUACAUGUAAUUUGGGGGGCCCUGUUCCUUGCACAUUUUACAGUUACCUCAUUUUUCCCAUGUAUGUAUUUGAGAAAAUGCUAAUAUAUAGAGAAAAAAAUGGUUCUUAAAGCUUAAAUGUGUGUUUUUUUUUCCAUUCCAUUGGAUUCACAUUGGUUUGUAGCAUUUAACAUAACUAGUAUGUUGUAUUAUAUAUAUGUGUAUACUGAUUGAAAUUUUUAACAGAUUUGUACUUUUUUUAAAAUGAAAGUUGCUAGUUCUGCUUGACCAAGUAGUGCAAUCAUUAUUUUUUUUAAUAUUGUUGCUGAUUUCAGAGGGAUAUUCACUAAUAAAUGUAUGAUGUAUACCAA